CCUAGGCUGCGCCGGAAAGUGGCGGAGCCGGUUUGUCCCGGGCGGGUCUGGAACCAGGGCUGGCGGGGCGAAUGUAGGGACCUCUGUUGCGGCAGGUUGCGGCAGCUGCGGCGGCAUGGUGGGCCCGGAGAAGGAGCAGAGCUGGAUCCCCAAGAUCUUCAAGAAGAAGACGUGCACGACGUUCAUCGUUGACCCCACAGAUCCGGGAGGGACCUUGUGCCAGUGUGGCCGUCCUCGCAGUGAGCACCCAUCAGUGGCUGUAGAGGAUGCAUUCGGGGCAGCCGUGGUGACCGUGUGGGACAGUGACUUGCACACCACGGAGAAGCCCACUGAUGCCUACGGGGACGUGGACUUCGUGGGCGUUGGCCGUAAGGCCAGCAAUUUCCUCCGGCUCUCUGACCGCACGGAUCCAGCUACAGUUUAUAAUCUGGUCACGCGCACAUGGGGCUUCCGGGCCCCGAACCUGGUGGUGUCAGUGCUGGGGGGGUCGGGGGACCCCGUCCUCCAGACCUGGCUGCAGGACCUGCUGCGACGAGGGCUGGUGCGGGCUGCCCAGAGCACAGGGGCCUGGAUCGUCACCGGGGGGCUGCACAGGAGCAUUGGCCGGCAUGUUGGUGCAGCUGUGCGGGACCACCAGACAGCCAGCACUGGGGGCACCAAGGUGGUGGCCAUGGGUGUGGCCCCUUGGGGUGUGGUUCGGAAUAGAAAGGCCCUCACCAACCCCAAGGGCUCAUUCCCUGCGAGGUACCCGUGGCGUGGUGACCCUGAGGACGGGGUCCAGUUUCCGCUCGACUACAACUACUCAGCCUUUUUCCUGGUCGACGACGGCACGCACGGCUGCCUGGGCGGCGAGAACCGCUUCCGCUUGAGCUUCGAGUCCCACAUCGCUCAGCAGAAGACGGGCGUGGGAGGGACUGGAAUUGACAUCCCUGUCCUCCUCCUCCUGAUCGGUGGUGAUGAGAAGAUGCUGAAGCGGAUAGAGAAUGCCACCAAGGCUCAGCUCCCCUGCCUCCUGGUGGCCGGGUCUGGGGGAGCUGCGGACUGCCUGGCAGAGAUCCUGGAAGACACCCAGGCUCCGGCGGAAGGGGGAAGCAGGAGAGGGAAAGCCCAAGAUCAGAUCAGGCGUUUCUUCCCCAAAGGGGACCCGGAAGCCCUGCAGGCUCAGGUGGAGAGGAUCAUGACCCGGAAGGAGCUGCUGACAGUGUAUUCAUCUGACGAUGGCCCUGAGGAAUUUGAGACCAUCGUUUUGAAGGCCCUUGUCAAGGCCUGCGGGAGCUCUGAAGCCUCAGCCUACCUGGACGAGUUGCGUUUAGCCGUGGCUUGGAACCGCGUGGACAUUGCCCAGAGUGAACUCUUCCGGGGGGACAUCCAGUGGCGGUCCUUCCACCUGGAGGCCUCUCUCAUGGACGCGCUACUGAAUGACCGGCCCGACUUCGUGCGCUUGCUCAUCUCCCACGGCCUUAGCCUGGGCCACUUCCUGACUCCGACGCGCCUGGCCCAGCUCUACAGCGCGGCGCCUCCCAACUCACUCAUCCGCAGCCUUUUGGACCAGGCGUCUCACGGCGCAGGCAACAAAACCCCAGUUCAUAAACCCUCUGCGGAGCCCCAGGUCCCUGACGUGGGGAAGGUGCUGCGGAUGCUGCUGGGGGAGACGUGCGCGCCGAGGUACUACGCGGUGAGCGCCGAGGAUCCCCACCAAGGCUCCGGCUGCAAGGAAAGCACGAAUCUGCUCUCGGAAAGGGCUACCUCGGAACUCGCCCUGGACGCUGUCCUCGGGCAGGCCCCUUGGAGUGACCUGCUGCUCUGGGCACUGCUCCUGAACAGGGCUCAGACAGCCAUGUACUUCUGGGAGAUAGGCUCCAAUGCUGUGGCCUCAGCUCUUGGGGCCUGUCUCCUGCUCCGAGUGCUGGCGCGCAUGGAGUCUGAGGCUGAGGAGGCAGCACGGAGGAAGGACCUGGCGGCCAAGUUUGAGGGGCUGGGUGUUGACCUAUUCGGGGAGUGCUACCGCAGCAGCGAGCACCGGGCAGCUCGCCUGCUCAUCCGUCGCUGCCCACUCUGGGGAGAUGCCACCUGCCUCCAGCUUGCCAUGCAGGCUGAUGCCCGUGCCUUCUUUGCUCAGGAUGGGGUACAGUCUCUGCUGACACAGAAGUGGUGGGGGGAGAUGGACAGCACCACACCCAUCUGGGCCCUGGUUCUCGCCUUCUUUUGCCCCCCACUCAUCUACACCAACCUCAUCGCCUUCAGGAGGUCGGAUGACGAGUCCAUACAGAAGGACCUGGUGUUGGGAGUGGAGAGGGACAUCAAUGGAGAAGGGCCUGCCGGGCUGGCAGAGCCCCCUGAGAAGACGCCCUCAAGGGUGUCACGGCAGCCCGGCCACGGGGCCCGCCGCGGGGGGUGUCCCCCACGCCUGCGCCGCUGGCCCCAGUUCUGGGGCGCGCCGGUGACGGUCUUCAUGGGCAACGUGGUCAGCUACCUCCUCUUCCUGCUGCUCUUCGCCCGCGUGCUGCUCAUCGACUCCCAGCCUGCGCCACCCUGCGCCCUGGAGCUGCUGCUCUACUUCUGGGCCUUCACCCUGCUCUGCGAGGAGUUCCGCCAGGGCCUGGGCAGUGGCUGGGGCGGCCUGGUCACGGGGGGGUCCGGGCCAGGCCCCGGCCGGGCCCCGCUGCGCCGCCGACUGCAUCUCUACCUCACUGACACCUGGAACCAGUGUGACCUGGUGGCUCUCACCUGCUUCCUCCUGGGUGUGGGCUGCCGGCUGACCCCCGGCCUGUAUGACCUGGGCCGCACUGUUCUCUGCCUCGACUUCAUGGUCUUCACGUUGCGACUGCUUCACAUCUUCACGGUCAACAAACAGCUAGGGCCCAAGAUCGUCAUCGUGAGCAAGAUGGUGAAGGACGUGUUCUUCUUCCUCUUCUUCCUGGGCGUGUGGCUGGUUGCCUACGGGGUGGCCACGGAGGGGCUCCUCAGGCCCCAGGACCGUGACCUCCCGAAUAUCCUGCGCCGCGUCUUCUACCGGCCCUACCUGCAGAUCUUUGGGCAGAUCCCCCAGGAGGACAUGGACGUGGCCCUCAUGGAGCAUAUCAACUGCUCGUCGGAGCAGGGCAUCUGGGCGCGCCCACCCGGGGUCCAGGCGGGCUCCUGCGUCUCGCUCUAUGCCAACUGGCUGGUGGUGCUCCUCCUCAUCGUCUUCCUGCUCGUGGCCAACAUCCUGCUGCUCAAUUUGCUCAUCGCCAUGUUCAGCCAGAUGCUGCUCCUGACCUGGACUUUGGACUCUGAUCUUCUCGCUCAGCUCAAGGCUAGACAUUCACUUUUUUACGUUGACAACAUAUAUAACAUAAAAUUCGCCAUUUUGGUAUUUUUAAAUGUAUGACUCAGUGGCAUUGCUUACAUUCAUAGUGUCAUACAACCGUCACCAUUAUCUAUUUCCCAAAUAUUUUCAUCAUUCCAGAGAGAGUGUACCCAUUACGUAAAUGUUAACUCCCCAUUCUGUCUCCCCCAGUCCCUGGUAACCUCUAAUCUACUUUCUGUCUCCAUGAAUUUGUCUCUUCUAGAUGUUUUGUAUAAAUGGACUCACACACUCUAUGUCCUUUUGUGUCUGGCUUAUUUCCCUUAGCAUAACGUUUUCAGGGUUCACCCAUGUUGUAUCCUGUGUCAGUACUUCAUUCCUUUUUUUGGCUGAAUAAUAUUCCAUAGUGUGCAUCUAAGACAUUUUAUUUAUCCAGGCAUCUGUUGAUGGCAACUUGGAUUGUUUCCGUCUUUUGGCAAGUGGAAUAAUGAACAUUGGUGUUCACACAUCUCUGUUUGAAUCUGUUUUAAUUUUGAGGUAUAUUUCUAAAAUAGAAUGCUGAGUCAUAUAGUAAUUUUUUGUUUAGUGUUUUGAGGAACCACUGAACUGUUUUCUAUAGUGGCUGUAGAAAAUUUUACCCUUUUUACCUUCCCAUUAGGGAUAUAUGAGGUUACAAUUUCUCCACAUCCUUGCCAACAGUGGUUAUUUUUUUGAAGACAUUAUAGCCAUCCUAGUGGGUAUAAACUGGUAUUUCAUUGUGGUUUUGAUUUGCAUUUAAGGACUAAUGAUGUUGAGCUUUACAAUGUGCUUAUUGCCCAUUGUACAUCUUCUUUGGAGAAAUGUCUGUUCAAGUCCUUGCCCAUUUUUUAAUUGGGUUGUGUUUUUGUUAUUGAAUUG